GUUGUGUACUAAUCAUGUUCACUUGACUCGAUCGAUCGCUCCGAUCGACUACACCCCGCCGCGCCGCGCGCACGCAUAAAACCCCCACCACCUGAACCUCCACCUCCACUCCACCUCCACUUCCACACUCGAGUAGCGAGCGAGAGGUCGUCGUCGUCGUCGUCUCGUCGCCGCCAUGGAGAUGGUGCUGGACUGGCGCUCGGUGGGCUCGCUCCUCGCCACCAUCAUGGUGUUCCGGACCGCCAUGCGCGACUUCCUCCCGCCCGAGGCCGAGAUCUUCCUCCGCCGCCUCCUCACCCGCCUCGCCGCCGCCUUCCGUCCCCACGUCGGCACCAUCCUCAUCGACGAGGCCGACGGCGCCAGCGGCGGCGCCAACGACCUCUACGACGCCUCCCAGCUCUACCUCGGCGCCCGCUGCCUCGCCACCGCCCCCACCGUCCGCCUCCACAAGCCCCACCAAGCUCCCCGCCCCGUCGCCUCCCUCCCCGACGCCCACACCACCCACGACGUCUUCCGCGGCGUCCUCGUCAAGUGGACCGCUCGCCCCGUCGAGCGCGGCGCCUCCGCCGGCGGCGGCGGCGGCGGAGUGUUCAACCCUUACAACCCUUAUGGCCGAGGUGGCGGCGGCGGCGAGCCGCGCAGACUCGAGCUGCAGUUCCCGCGCCAGCAUCGGGAGCUCAUCCACGGCCACUACAUCCAGCACGUCAUCGACGAGGCCACCAAGAUGCGGCUCAGGUCGAGGGAGCGGCGGCUCUACACCAACCGCGCCGCCGCCCCCGGCGACGACCACCACCGCCUCUGGACGUCGCACGCCUUCUCCCACCCUUCCACGUUCGACACGCUCGCCGUCGACCCGGCGCUGCGCGACGACAUCCGCGCCGACCUGCUGCGCUUCGCGGCGCGGCGCGAGCACUACGCGCGCGUCGGCCGCGCGUGGAAGCGCGGGUACCUGCUCCACGGCCCGCCCGGCACCGGCAAGACCAGCCUCGUCGCCGCCAUCGCCAACCUCCUCGAGUUCGACGUCUACGACCUGGAGCUCACCACCGUGCCCACCAACUCCCACCUCCGCCGCCUGCUCGUCUCCACCACGCCCAAGUCGGUCGUCGUCGUCGAGGACAUCGACUGCUCCCUCGACCUCUCCGACCGCAAGAACAAGGCGAGCGACGACGAGAACGCGGCGCAGCUCUCGAUCAUCUCCCCGGCCGCUGCGGCGGCCAUGGCGGCGAUGGGGCGGGAAUCCAUCAGCCUCUCCGGCGUGCUCAACUUCGUCGACGGCCUCUGGUCAUCCUGCGUCGGCGAGCGCCUCAUGGUGUUCACCACCAACCACCCGGAGCGGCUCGACCCGGCGCUGCUCCGCCCCGGCCGCAUGGACCGCAAGAUCGAGCUCGGCUACUGCUCGCCGCCCGCGCUCCGCGUGCUCGCCAAGAACUACCUCGGCGUCGGCGUCGGCGACGAAGGAUGCGAGGACGCCGCCGACGAUCCGGACACGGUGAGCGGCCUCAUGGCCGACGCCGAGGGCCUCCUCGCAGCCGGGGUGCUCAUCACGCCCGCCGACAUCGCCGAGGUGUUCAUGGGCUGCGACGGCGCGGGCGCCACCGCCGCGCUGAGGAAGCUCGCCGACGAGCUGCGGCGGAGGAGGGACGCGCCGGCGGUGCCUGUCACAGAGGAGGCGGCCAUGACGACAGAGUAAAAAGCAGACGAGCCGCCAUUGCGGAUUGCUUGAACUUGAACAGCAUCAUGAUCAAUAUAUAAUUAAUAAUUUUCAUGGUGAUUUGGUUUCGAGUUAGGUAUUAAUUAGGUCGGUUGUGAUCGUGUCAUGGUUGCGCCAUGGAUGGAGGAUUUGAGGAUUUGCUGCAUUUUGCAAUGGUGUGUGGCUUUCUGAAUUUUUCAGCAAUUUUCUUUGCGUUUUAUGAGAAGUUGCACCAUGUCGUCUCCUC